AUGGAGCUCCAUAACAAGUUUCUUUGGGCUUUGCCAGUAUUCAUGUUAUCCUUUUUAAUUUCUUAUAAUGGUGUUGAAGCCUCCCACAAUGUUUAUCUUCAUUAUCAGUCUCUUUCCGCCAUCAAAGUAGAGCAAGUGCAUAGAACCGGCUACCACUUUCAACCCAAGAAGCAUUGGAUUAACGAUCCAAAUGGUCCUAUGUAUUAUAAUGGCGUCUACCAUCUUUUCUACCAAUACAAUCCCAAAGGAGCUGUAUGGGGCAACAUUGUCUGGGCCCAUUCAGUGUCGACUGACUUGAUCAACUGGACUCCAUUGGAACCUGCAAUCUUCCCUUCAAAACCCUUUGACAAGUACGGCUGCUGGUCAGGCUCUGCAACAGUUCUUCCAGGCAACAAGCCGGUCAUCCUUUACACCGGUAUCGUGGAUAAGAACAAUACCCAAGUCCAGAACUACGCCGUGCCAGCCAACCUCUCCGAUCCAUAUCUCCGCAAGUGGGUCAAACCCGAUAACAACCCACUGAUCGUCUCCGAAGCCGGCGUGAACAAAACAGCAUUCCGUGACCCAACAACAGCCUGGUUGGGCCGAGAUGGGGAAUGGAGAAUCUUGAUAGGUGGUAGACGGAAGGAUACAGGAAUUGCAUUUUUGUACAAGAGCAGAGACUUCAUGAAGUGGAAAAAGGCUGCAAAUCCCAUCCAUCAGUCUGCUGGGACUGGCAAUUGGGAAUGCCCCGACUUCUACCCUGUAGCCAAAUCAGGAACAAAUGGGUUGGACACUUCUGUAUUGGGACAAAAUGUAAAGCACGCCUUGAAGGUUAGUCUUGAUGCCACAAGAUUUGAGUACUACACCCUUGGUAAAUAUUACCCCGCAGAAGAUAGGUACGUACCCGACAAUACGUCCCCAGAUAACUGGAAAGGGCUGAGAUAUGAUUAUGGCAACUUUUAUGCUUCCAAAUCAUUCUUCGACCCAAGCAAGAACCGGAGGGUUUUGUGGGGUUGGGCUAAUGAGUCCGACACCGCCAAGGACGAUAUCAAAAAGGGUUGGGCAGGCAUUCAGUUGAUUCCACGAACAAUCACGCUCGAUCCAAAUGGGAAACAAUUGCUUCAAUGGCCAGUUAAGGAAUUGGAUACUUUGAGGGGGGCACAUGUCCGUCUGAGCAAUCAGCUGCUGAAGAAGGGUGACCUCGUUGGAGUUACAGGAAUAACUCCUGCACAGGCCGAUGUGGAAGUGACGUUCUCUUUCCGCAGCUUGGACUUGGCAGAGCCAUUUGAUCCAAAAUGGAAAAAACUUGAUGCUCAAGAUGUUUGCAGCAAAAGAGGUUCGUUUGUUCAGGGCGGUCUCGGACCAUUUGGUCUCGCGACGCUUGCCACUGAAGACCUGCAAGAAUACACUCCUGUAUUUUUCAGAAUUUUCAAAGACGCUGGCAAGCAUGUUGUUCUCAUGUGCUCUGACGCUACGAGGUCAUCCUUAAAGAAGGAGUUGUACAGACCCUCAUUUGCAGGAUUUGUAGAUGUGGAUCUGACUGAUAAAAAGCUGUCUCUUAGGAGCUUGAUUGAUCACUCAGUGGUAGAGAGCUUCGGGGCCGGAGGGAAGACCUGCAUUUCAUCCAGGGUUUAUCCAACUAAAGCCGUCUCCGACAAGGCUCAUUUGUAUGCAUUCAACAACGGGACUGAGGCUAUUACAGUAGAGACUUUAGAUGCCUGGAGCAUGAAGACUGCUAAGGUGAAUUAAGAUGCAUGGGAGAGUUCUACAAUCACCAUUUUGGAAUUUUUGUUUUUGCAUAUUCUUUUGGGCUCUUUGACCAGA